UAAGUAUAUCGAAUUGAAAUUUUUUUAUUCAUAUUUUUUUCGCCGAACUCAUUAUAAAUCGAAUUACAAACAUUGUCAUCAACAAUUGAUUGCGAUUAGAAUCAUCAUGUCAAAAUGACAUUAAAAUUGCGCAUCUCUAACAGGAUUUAAAAACAAUGUCUAUUGAAAAAUAUAUUGAUUUUCAAUAGGUCAUAGCAAUAAAAUACCUUUACGUCGAUUACGGGAAGAUUAUCUGAUAAACUGUAAAAUGUCUCUCGUUUACUACGUAAACCCUUUUAGGUUUUACCGGGAUUUAGUUAGAAAACCUGUUGAAGCAUUUAUAAUGAAUCAGUAUUUGAGUUAUAAAAAGAAAACUGGAGAAGGCAUUAGUAGCGCGAAAGAGUUGGUGUAUAAGGCUGCGGUUCUAAUAACAUUUGUUACUGCCUUGGUGUGGUUGUCUGUGUUUCAAUACAUCGUUUUCUAUAAUAUUUACAUGCCGAAUGUCACCCACAUUAGGCCGGUGCAUUUCCAAUUCAAACCAUGUGAAGACACAAUGGGUAUCUGUUCGUUCCCCUACGCCUAUGUUCAGCUGACGAAAAGCACUCAUUUGCUGAUGCCAGGUCAGACAUACAGAAUCAGGCUCAUGCUGGAAGUACCGGAGUCAAUUGUCAAUCAGGAUUUAGGAAUGUUCAUGGUGUGCACGCAAAUGCGCGCUAAAGGCGGCGUCCUCGUCUCCUCAUCGUGCCGAUCUGUGAUGCUGAGAUACAAGUCUCCGGUGCACCAGCUGCUGUACGCGAUUAUGAUGUCUCCACUGCUUAUCACCAAGGUGUUAGAAGAGAAACAAGAUCUCCAUGUGGAACUGUUCCAGGACUUUGUUGAUGAUCCGAACCAGCCCGUAACGGAUGCCUACGUGGAAUUGCAGUCGCGUUUCGCGCAGGUGUACGGCGCUGAGUUACUCGUGGAAGCACACUUCACUGGACUACGGUUCUUCAUGUACAACUUCCCGAAGAUAUCGGCCGUGUUUGGUAUCGGCACGAACCUGUUCUUCGUGACGCUUGUGUUCAUACUGAGCUGGUACAACUUGCAAGACGGCCUGCCUGAGCUUUUAAAGAAUAAAUUCGGCUACGGCGCCAAGGAGUCCGAUGAUGAAAAAUCUACCAUUGGAAAAGUUAAAUUGGAGAAGGAAGACACCACACCAAUGUACGAAGGUGACGUCCUACUAGAAGAAUUUAUGCAGAUUGAAGGGAAAAAGGAAAAGGCGACCUAAGAGAAUUAUAUUUAGAAUCAUAUUCAUUUGUAGGUCUAAAACAUAUCCUUAGUUUCUUCGGAGAUUUAAAUAUUUAUUGCGGAAGAGUACUCGAAGGUAAAAUUGUUACUUAUCAAUCAAAAAUAUUUUUUAUGUUACAUGUUAAUUUUUAUUUAUUAUUGGGUGGUACUUAUGAUCUAUACAAAUACCAAUGUUAUGUUACUUGAUGUUAGACCUAAACAUUUUAAAAUAUCUAUAUAAAGUUUCUCAUAUCAUACACCUGUAGUGCAUAUAUUUAUGUCUAUAAUCGGCAUGUACAUUCCAAUGGGUAACAUGUUUAUCACUGGCUCACUAUUACAAAGUUCUAUAUAAUUUUUUAUGUGCAAAUUAAAUUCUAUAUUACAUGGGUCUUAGGGCCGGCGCAUCCAUUUUUUUAUUCUCAAACUAUUAGCAUAUGGUCUAUGGUAUCUUAGUUAGUAUUCUAGGUCCUAUGGUGUUUGCGACCUAUAUUUUUAAUCUAUAUAUCUAUAGGAAAAGGUGACUGAUUUUAUAUACUCUAGAAGCUGUUAAAAACUUAUUCAAUAAUAUUAUGUGCCAUUCCAUGACAGUUGCAUAGAUUUUUUUUAUAAAAUACCAAAACAUACCACAACAUGAAUAGACUUCAUAGAGGUCUUAUGUUGGUAAAAUAAUUUAAAAUAAGAGCAAAAUUUCUUUUUUAAAAAAGGUCCUAAAAUUGUUUGCUCGUCCAACGUGGCUUUUGAGACAAAUAUUUGUAAUUAUUACAAUUAUCGUGUCGAAUUGAUUUUUUAAAAGUUUGAACUCAAAAAUGUCAGAUUGAUUAAAAUAUUGUGGUCUAGGAAACUGAGUUACAACUUGGUCAAUACAGGGAACAAGGGAGGAUUGAAAAAAUAUAGUGGGUCAAGUAUUGAAAAUAAUUACGACCCACAUUAAAUGAAAUGUGAUUUAUGGUGCGAUUAUAUAAAUGUUAGGUAUUUUGGUGAAAUUUGGAAUCGAUUGGAAAGAUGGAAUUAAGAAAAUAAUGGAAAAAUAUUGGAAGGUAUUUAAAAAUGCAUGUUAAUAUCUUUUUAUUGAAACUUAUAUGUUAAAUGAUACUGCUAACAUAUUUGCAAAAGAUACGGCAGUUUUUUUCUAUAGAAAUUAUAAUGAUGUUAUUUUAAUUUUGAGUUUUGUAAAAGUUAUAAAAUUGUCUUUUUAAUUUAAUUAUAUUAGUCUAUGGGUAUCGAAAAAUUAGGGAAUAUGUUUUAUAAGUUUAUUUAUAUUAAUAGUAUGCUCAAAUAGUUGACUUUAUAAUUUAUUUUGUUAUGCUUUUUAUAGUGGUAUAAAGCUGAUGUAUAAUCCAAAGAUUUCCAAAGUUAAUCUAUGUUAGUGAUAAGAAAUAAAGAUUUUUUAUGUGGCAAAUUAA